GCCGCAGCUGCAAGCAGUUUCGAUUUUUUAUACGGAUUUUUUAUGUUUACGGCUGUUCUGUCACAAUCGCUGUCAUACGGUGGUCGUGAUUUCAUAAAGAAAUUGGGGAUGUAGAGCACGGAUGCGAAUUUCGCUGCUCGAAUGUUUCGGAAAAAAUCGCUCGACGUGAACUCAACAGUUUUAGUAACAUAUGUAGCGGAGCCCCACUAAUUUUAUUUGCAGUAGUUCUCGAUUUCCAUUGUGUCCCAUAAUGGAUUGGAUGUCGAGCAGCGGUCGGCCCACUCACACAGCUUUACCGCAAUUAGCAAUCGCGAAUGAGUUCAUCCCCCGGGUGCUGAAUUCUAGCGCCAGCGCUUCGGCGUCUCCUAACUUUUUGAACUCGUUCAGCUCGGUAUCAAGCUCGUCGCCGUUUCAUCCUUUGCCGAAAAAGCAUGACGAUUCGGACCUAAGUAUCUCCUCACGUGUGACUCCCGAUUCUCACUCGCCCAGUCAUUCUAUUACCACAUCGCCAAUAUUGCAGGAUAAGUUGGUGUCUUCGAACGGCGCCGUGACGGUCCCCGCGUACCAGGAGAAUGUGGGAGGGACAACUUAUUUUUAUCAUUACCCCACCACCCCAGAGAGUAACCUCUCAUCUAGGACAAGGGCCUCUAGAGAAGAUGGCUGUUUGACAUCCGAGACUACUGGCGCCAGUAGUACUACCAGUAAUGAUUAUGCAACAUUUGCUACCAAGCCGGAACCCUCGUUUUUUAUUAGCGAAGAGCUCCGGAACGACAUACUUAACCGCAAUAUGCUCACUCUGCUUCAGCCUGAUCCUCAGCAGUACCAGGAUUUGCCCGCCGAAGUGGACAGUUAUCACGAGCUCUUUCCAUUGGAGCCUAUCACUAAUCAGGCGCUGCACAAAGCUCACUUAGGUUACCAGACAUCAAUGUACAAAGCAACCCACACUAAAACUGGCGUCCAUUACUGCUUAAGGCGGAUACACGGAUUCCGUUUGCAAAACACCAAAUGCAUGGCUUUGGUGGAAAUGUGGAAAAAGCUCAGCCAUUCCAGUAUCGUACAGCUGAAGGAGGUGUUCACUACAAAAGCGUUUGGCGACACCUCCUUAAUCUUUGUCUACUAUUACCAUCCCGGCUCGGAGACCCUUUUGACGAAGCAUUUCUCCCCAGACCAGCCUGAUCCAUUCACGAACGACGUAUCCACGCCCCGCCCCUAUAGCUACCAGAAAAACAACAUCUUGCGGCAUCAGCAGACCAACAAACUGCCCGAACCGCUUAUCUGGAAUUAUAUUAUCCAGUUGACGUCUGCUCUCAGGCUGAUCCAUUCGUCGGCGUUGGCCUGCAGGAGCCUUGAUCCAACGAAGAUUAUUAUUACUUCGAAAAAUAGGUUAAGACUGAGUUGUCUGGGCGUGAUGGACGUCCUGCUUCACGACAGUAACUCGUCGAUCAACCAUCUCGCCCUGGUGCACCAUUACCAGCAGGAAGACCUGACUGCUCUCGGCAAGUUGGUACUGGCGCUGGCGUGCAAGUCCACAAUGGCAGUACAACGCGAAAACAUAUCCACCGCCCUCGAUAUCGUCAGUCGCAGUUACACGCUUGAUCUGCGGAACUUGAUCAUGUACCUUCUAACGAGUCAACGAAGGAGCGUCACGGACCUGAUGCCAAUGAUCGGCGCCAGGUUUUACACUCAGCUCGACAACCUGCAUAAUCACGUCGACGUUCUUGACUCGGAACUGUGCAGGGAGGUACAAAACGGUCGCCUUUUCAGACUGAUGACGAAAUUGGCGACCAUCAACGAACGACCCGAGUUCAACAUGGAGAGCACGUGGUCCGAGACCGGUGACAGGUACAUGCUGAAGCUGUUUCGGGAUUACGUGUUCCACCAAGUGUCCGAGGACGGACAACCGUGGCUCGAUAUGGCGCACAUUAUCCAGUGUCUCAAUAAGUUGGACGUGGGCGUGGCCGAGAAAAUCUGUUUGAUGUCCCGCGACGAACAGAGCAUCCUGGUGGUGUCCUACGCCGAAUUGAAACACUGCCUGGAACAAUCAUUUCAGGAGGUGUCCAGUGCAUCCAUGCUCCACGGCGAUCUGACCACCCUGGAAGAAAAGCUGUAGAGUCGAAGCGUACGGUAAUAUUUCCGAGAAAUCAUAGUUUUCCGAAGUCAGGGUACAGUUUUGACGCCGCACAGGUCACAAUUGUCGCGGCAAUGUUUGGUUUUAUUUUGCCUUUUGAACUUUCAAUUUUUCGGUUUUAAAACAUGGCGACGGAAGUUGUAAUUUCUCGUGACGAAAAAAAAAAUAGUGAUUUUGCCGAUAGGUUGUGUUUUCAGUAAUAUUUCGACGCAGUGCUCGCUGUUUGUUUUUUUUUUAAUUUAUGACCUUUUUUUAUUUAUGACGAUGAAAAUAUUAAUGAAAACAUAAGAAAAAUUCCAUUGUUUUGAUUGAAAAAUAGAUAUUUUUUGCAUAAGUUAUAUUUUUCUUCAUAAAUAUUAAAUAAAAAAAAAGUGGUUUUAUUUUCUCCCAUAUAGCAAAGAUAAUAUAGUGACCCUACUACGGUAAAAAUUGAUGUGCCGCAGGAGGCUAUGCUAUUUUCGUAGAGAAGGUAUGGAUUUUUUGCGCAUGCGUCACCCCCCCAACUGACUGAGUUGCUACACUGUUAAUUUUUCUGGAAAAUUGACUAAUUUUUAUAAGAAGACAACAUCAAUCUCUGAAAUAUGAACAUAAUUGCAACUCCGAGCUAAGUAAUUACUAUUAUCGCAGAACAGUCUGUGCCCUGUGUGUUUUAAUUUUUGGUGUUAAUAUAUCCUACCCGUAUUCACAGACUAGUAUAAUUUGUGAUUUCAAUACUUUGUUCUUUCACGAAAUUACAGCAAAUGUGGCAAAUAUAAGAACCUAAUAGGAUAUUAAAGAAAGAGUGAUACCAAUAUAUUUGACACUUAACAAGCUGGAAAAUAGUCUUGCAUAAAUGUUUACAUGUGAAUUUACUAAACAACAUUCCGUAGAUUUUUAGGCGCACUUACAUAGCUACAAAGGAUGUUUGAGUAAUAUGUUUUAGUGCACAAGAACUACAGUAAAUAAAAUAAAUUAAGCUACAAGUUCAAUUUUUACUAGAACAAGCAUAAUUACAAUUA